AUGCGGCAGUAUCGGGCGAUCGGCCUUUUGGCCUUAUUACUUGCUACAGCAUGUGUCCAUGCACGAGGAACCGAAUUACUGCGUUCCAAGCGUGGUGGAUCAUUCUCCUCCAGCAGUGCUAGCAGUUCGGCCAGCGCCAGUUCGUUCGGUGGUGGUAGCAGUUUUGCCAAAUCUGAUGCUCAAGCUAUAGGCAGUGCCUCAGCAGGUGCACAAUCCUCGGCUAUAGCGAAUGCCGGUGCUGGUGGAUACGGAGGUGGUGGUCACGGCGGUUUCGGAAGCAGUGGUGGCGGUAGCCAGGGUGGAUUCGGAGGCAGCGGUACCGGUGGCCACGGUGGACUCGGAAGCGGCGGUGUCGGUGACCACGGUGGAUUCGGAGGUGGUGGUGGCGGUGGCCACGGUGGACUUGGAAGCGGCGGUGGCCACGGUGGACUUGGAGGUGGCGGUAGUUCCGGUGGACUCGGUGGCGGUAGCCACGGUGGACUCGGUGGCGGUAGCCACGGUGGACUCGAUGGCGGGUGGCGUGGACUCGGUGGCGGUGGACUCGGUGGCGGUAGCCACGGUGGACUCGGUGGCGGUGGACUCGGUGGCAGCGGUGGUCACGGUGGAUUUGGAGGCGGAAGUGCCAGCAGCGGCGCCAAUGCCGGUGCUAGUAGCGGUGGAUACGGAGGUGGUGGUGAAUUAGGUCACGGAGGCAGUGGAGGAUACGGUGGUGGUAGUAGUGGAGGAGUCGGAAAACUUAGUGGGGCUCUUGGAGGUGGUAACGUUGGUGCAGGUGGUUACGGUGGGUCUGGGGCUGGAAGCUACGGUGGAGGUAGCUCUGGUGCCGGCGGUUAUGGCGGAAGUAGCCCUGGAGGGCAUGAACUUGGAGGAUAUGGUAGUGGUAGUUCUGGUGGUGGUGGUUAUGGUGGAGCUGGCUCUAACACAGGUAGCUACACCGGAAGUAGCGGUGGUGCCGGAGGUUACGGUGGCGGUGGCCAUGGCACCGGUGGGUAUGGAGGCGGCAGUUCGCCGGGCGGCGGUUUUGGAGGUGGACAUGAUGGCGGUGGUUUUGGAGGAGGUGUAUCGAAAGGUUCAGCGAAUGCUAAUGCUGGUGCUUCAGCCGGAGCUGGUGGAUUGAGUGGAGGAUAUGGCGGAAGUGGCCCGGGCAGUGGAGGAUUUGGCGGUGGACAUGGAGGUUUAGGUGGUGGACAUGGAGGCGGUUUAGGAGGUGGACAUGGCGGUGGCCUAGGAGGUGGUCUAGGCGGUGGACAUGGCGGUGGCCUAGGAGGUGGACACGGCGGUGGCCUAGGAGGUGGACACGGUGGUGGCCUAGGAGGUGGACACGGCGGUGGCCUAGGAGGUGGUUUAGGCGGUGGACACGGCGGAGGUGGUUUAAGCGGUGGAUACGGAGGAGGUGGUUUGGGCGGUGGACACGGCGGAAGUGGAGGUCUAGGAGGCGGAUGUCCUGGAGGAUGUGGUGGUGGCGGUGGAGCAGCAGGUGCUAAUGCCAUAGCCAGUGCUAGCGCGAAUGCAAAUGCUGGCGGUGGAGGUGGAGGAUAUGGUGGCCACGGUGGUCUGGGAGGUGGUCAUGGACCAGGAGUAGAUUUAUUCUCCCGUAUUGGCGAUACAGACGAAGGUACGAGUCAGAGUGGUGCUGUUGAUAAUGCUAAAGGUGUUUAUAGCAGUAGCGCGGCAAAUAUAGAUAGUUCUGGUAAAGGUACUUAUUCCGUAAAAGCGGGUAAAAUCCCAUAAAUCAGGCAUUUACAUUUUGUUUCAUUAAUUUUUCAAAAUUUGAUGUUACUUUGUUAAAGAUACUCUUAAAAACCGAAGAACGAAACUAUAAUUCCAAUGUAUUUUGACAUAAACGUAAAAUCUACGCUUUGUUUAUUUUCUAAUCGUCAAGAAUAGCGUUUAAAAUAAAUCAAUGUAAUUAUAUAUAAUACUUUUUACACUUCAAUUAUAAUAUCUUUUUCUGUUUAAAUGAAAAAUAUUAUCGGAAUAUUACGUAAUAACAUACUGAAUAUUUCAUUGUGUAUUUCAAAAGCUUACAACUGCGGUUUUUAAUGAUAAGUUCCAUUGAUUAAAUCUGACCUUCUAAGUUAACUAUGUAUUCUAUGCAUUUUUAUUAAAUGUUAAAUGAUCGUAUAGAUUUUUUAAA